AUGGCGGACCUGGAGGCGGUGCUGGCCGACGUGAGCUACCUGAUGGCCAUGGAGAAGAGCAAGGCCACGCCGGCGGCGCGCGCCAGCAAGAAGAUCCUGCUGCCCGAGCCCAGCAUCCGCAGCGUCAUGCAGAAGUACCUGGAGGACCGGGGCGAGGUGACCUUCGAGAAGAUCUUCUCCCAGAAGCUGGGGUACCUGCUCUUCCGAGACUUCUGCCUGAAGCACCUGGAGGAGGCCAAGCCCUUGGUGGAGUUCUACGAGGAGAUCAAGAAGUAUGAGAAGCUGGAAACAGAGGAGGAGCGCCUGGCCUGCAGCCGAGAGAUCUUCGACACGUACAUCAUGAAGGAGCUGCUGGCCUGUUCACAUCCCUUCUCGAAGAGUGCCAUCGAGCACGUCCAGGGCCAUCUGGUGAAGAAGCAGGUGCCUCCAGAUCUCUUCCAGCCAUAUAUCGAAGAAAUUUGCCAGAACCUUCGAGGAGACGUGUUCCAGAAAUUCAUCGAGAGUGAUAAAUUCACACGAUUUUGCCAGUGGAAGAAUGUGGAGCUCAACAUCCACCUGACCAUGAACGACUUCAGCGUGCACCGCAUCAUCGGGCGAGGUGGCUUUGGUGAAGUCUACGGCUGCCGGAAAGCUGACACGGGCAAGAUGUACGCCAUGAAGUGUCUGGACAAGAAGCGGAUCAAGAUGAAGCAAGGGGAGACCCUGGCCCUGAACGAGCGCAUCAUGCUGUCGCUCGUCAGCACUGGGGACUGCCCGUUCAUCGUCUGCAUGUCAUACGCCUUCCACACGCCAGACAAGCUCAGCUUCAUCCUGGAUCUCAUGAACGGCGGGGACCUGCACUACCACCUGUCCCAGCACGGGGUCUUCUCCGAGGCCGACAUGCGCUUCUACGCAGCGGAGAUCAUCCUGGGCCUGGAGCACAUGCACAACCGCUUCGUGGUCUACCGGGACCUGAAGCCGGCCAACAUCCUGCUGGACGAGCACGGCCACGUGCGCAUCUCAGACCUGGGCCUGGCCUGUGACUUCUCCAAGAAGAAGCCUCACGCCAGUGUGGGCACCCACGGGUACAUGGCUCCCGAGGUUCUACAAAAGGGUGUUGCCUACGACAGCAGUGCUGACUGGUUUUCCCUGGGCUGCAUGCUCUUCAAGCUGCUGCGAGGGCAUAGCCCUUUCCGGCAGCAUAAAACCAAAGACAAGCAUGAGAUCGACAGAAUGACAUUAACAAUGGCUGUGGAGCUGCCCGACUCCUUCUCCCCUGAGCUCCGCUCCUUGCUGGAGGGGCUGCUGCAGAGGGAUGUCAACCGGAGGCUAGGCUGCCUGGGCCGAGGGGCCCAGGAGGUGAAGGAGAGCCCCUUCUUCCGUUCCCUGGACUGGCAGAUGGUCUUCUUGCAAAAGUACCCUCCCCCACUGAUCCCCCCACGAGGGGAGGUGAAUGCAGCCGACGCCUUCGACAUUGGCUCCUUUGAUGAGGAGGACACAAAAGGAAUCAAGCUACUGGACAGCGACCAGGAGCUCUACCGCAACUUCCCCCUGACCAUCUCGGAGCGGUGGCAGCAGGAGGUAGCAGAGACUGUCUUUGACACCAUCAACGCUGAGACGGACCGGCUGGAGGCCCGCAAGAAAACCAAAAACAAGCAGUUGGGCCACGAGGAAGACUACGCCCUGGGCAAGGACUGCAUCAUGCAUGGCUACAUGUCCAAGAUGGGCAAUCCCUUCCUGACCCAGUGGCAGCGGCGGUACUUCUACCUGUUCCCCAACCGGCUCGAAUGGCGGGGCGAGGGCGAGGCCCCGCAGAGCCUGCUGACCAUGGAGGAGAUCCAGUCGGUGGAGGAGACGCAGAUCAAGGAGCGAAAGUGCCUCCUCCUCAAGAUCCGAGGCGGCAAGCAGUUCGUCCUGCAGUGCGACAGUGACCCAGAGCUGGUACAGUGGAAGAAGGAGCUGCGCGACGCCUACCGCGAGGCCCAGCAGCUGGUGCAGCGGGUGCCCAAGAUGAAGAACAAGCCGCGCUCGCCCGUCGUGGAGCUGAGCAAGGUGCCACUGAUACAGCGCGGCAGCGCCAACGGCCUCUGA